ACGUUUCUGAAAAUUCGCAGUACGUUUCAUCAUCCUAAGGCUUUAGGCUCUCAAAAGAAAAAUAAAACAGAAAACGACCUAAAGCCAUGUUGAAAGCUUAGUAAUUUUUCAUUUAAAUCUUAUCCCCUUAAGAAAACAAGGGAAAAAAGAUUUAUAUUUUCAUAUAAAAACUGUUUUGUUUUUCUUUAGAUCAAACGUAAUUUUUAAAAGAUGGAGAUAGCUAGGUUGUUAAAGUUGAUGUGUGUGUUCUGUAUUGCUGGUCUGAUUCCGACCAUAAGAGCCAACAUUUCGGAGUUGGACGAGUAUUGGUCACAACGAGCCGACGAAGCCCGAGAGUUCACUCUUCAAGCUUAUCAUUCUGAUCCUUACGAAAUCGUCGAUCACUUUCAUGAACGUCACUACGACAACUCUACUGAUGAUACCACGACAGAGGAACAUAGCAGCAACUCUGCUGAUGUUACAGCUACAGCGGAAGAUAGCAGCAACUCUACUGAUGUUACAGCGACAGAGGAAGAUAGCAGCACGAAGCCUGAAGAGGAGCGAACUGAGGUCAUUGAAAUGGUCGGAAACUCGAAGAACAGCACUAGACGAAGCUUAAAAGGUAAAGGCAAAGGAAAAUGGAGUAAGCUUAAGGGACCGUGUACCGCAAGUAACCCGAUAGAUAAAUGCUGGCGUUGCCGUUCGAAUUGGGCUAAUCGUCGUAAGAAGCUUGCUAAAUGUGUCCGCGGGUUCGGCCACGGGACGACCGGUGGGAAACGUGGACGUAUCUACGUGGUUACAAGCAACCUCGACGAGGACAUGGUGAACCCUAUACCAGGGACAUUGCGUCACGCCGUGAUUCAAAAGGAACCUCUCUGGAUUAUUUUCAAGAACGACAUGAGCAUUCGUUUAAGCCAAGAGCUUUUGGUUAAUAGCGACAAGACGAUCGAUGCACGUGGAGCUGAUGUCCAUAUCGCGCAUGGCGCAGGGAUAACGAUGCAGUUUGUGAGAAAUGUUAUUAUCCAUGGACUGCACAUUCACCACAUUUCCGAGAGUAAUGGUGGUAUGAUCCGAGACUCGGUAGACCAUUUUGGAAUGAGGACUAGAGCCGAUGGUGACGGUCUAUCUAUAUACGGUUCGUCUAACAUAUGGAUUGACCAUGUUUCGAUGUCGAAAUGUCAAGAUGGACUCAUUGAUGCCAUUGUUGGAUCCACUGCCAUUACAAUCUCCAACUCUCACUUCACUCACCACAACGACGUGAUGCUGCUUGGUGCGCAAAACAAUAUGAAUGAAGCGGACCAGAAGAUGCAAGUCACAGUGGCUUAUAACCAUUUUGGUAAAGGACUUGUACAGAGGAUGCCAAGGAUCCGAUGGGGAUUUGUUCACGUUGUGAACAAUGACUACACUCAUUGGGAGCUUUACGCUAUCGGAGGUAGUCAAGGUCCGACUAUUCUCAGCCACGGAAACCGAUUUAUAGCUCCUCCACACUUGCCUUAUUACAAAGAGGUGACAAAGAGGGAUUAUGCUUUGGAAGACGAGUGGAAACACUGGACAUGGAGAUCUGAGAAAGAUAUAUUCAUGAACGGAGCUUUUUUCAGACAAUCUGGGGAUCCUCAUUACAAAAGUGCUCACACGAGAAAACAAAUGAUUAAACCUAAAAAUGGAUAUGCUGUUUCUAAGCUGACCAAAUACGCAGGAGCACUUGAUUGCAGAGUCGGUAAACGCUGUUAGAACAUCUCCUUUUUAUUACUUCAUUGUCUUAAUUAAAGACAAUUUUUUUCACCAUUUUGAUUUUUUGAUUCUAUCUAGAUCAGGAUAUUACAGAAUUAAGGGGUGAAAAUUAAAAGCGUUUUAAUUUGUAUAUGUAUUUUUGUGUUAUGAACAAACACAACAACAAGAGGUAUUAAAGAGUAAGUGAAAUAGCUCAUUCUUGUACUUUUGUAAUGACUUCUCUUGUAUUUCAGCAAAUUCAUACUGGGUGACAUU